GAAAAAUGGGGACAUUAACUGAUUUUGGACAGAUUGCUUUAAAAUGGGAUCCAAAAAAUUUAGAGAUACGUACCAUGUCAGUAGAAAAGACAUUGGAACCACUUGUGCUUCAAGUUACAACUCUUGUAAACACCAAAGGUCCCAGCAAAAAGAAAAAAGGUAAAUCCAAACGUGCCAGUGCAUUAGUUGCAGCGGUUGAAAAAGCUACAGAAAACUUUAUUCAGAAGGGAGAACAGAUUUCCUAUGAAAAUCCAGACAUUACACAAGAAAUGCUCACCGCUGUCGAUGAAGUACGUAAAACCGGAGAUGCAAUGAGCAUUGCAGCCAGAGAAUUUUCUGAAGAUCCGUGCAGCUCGCUAAAAAGGGGAAACAUGGUUCGAGCAGCCAGAAAUUUGCUUUCAGCUGUAACUCGUUUAUUGAUAUUAGCUGAUAUGGUAGAUGUUCAUCUGCUAUUGAAAUCACUUCACAUAGUGGAAGAUGAUUUAAACAAACUUAAAAAUGCAUCCAGUCAGGACGAGCUUAUGGAGAACAUGAGGCAAUUCGGGCGAAAUGCAGGAGAACUUAUAAAACAAGCAGCAAAGCGUCAACAAGAACUUAAAGAUCCCCAAUUGCGGGAUGAUUUAGCAGCCGCUCGAGCUAUGCUUAAGAAACAUUCCACUAUGCUUCUAACCGCAUCCAAAGUCUAUGUUCGUCAUCCGGAGCUGGAUCUAGCAAAAGUAAAUCGAGAUUUCAUUCUAAAACAAGUUUGUGAUGCUGUAAACACCAUUAGCGAUGUCGCUCAAGGCAAGUCAUCUCAACCGACAGACAUAUAUAGCGGCGCCGGGGAGUUGGCUGCUGCUUUGGAUGAUUUUGAUGAAGGUAUUGUUAUGGAUCCCAUGACCUACAGUGAGAAGCGUUCUCGUCAGCUACUGGAAGAACGCCUGGAGAGCAUUAUAAGUGCAGCAGCGCUAAUGGCGGAUGCCGACUGUACAAGGGAUGAGCGACGAGAAAGAAUUGUCGCUGAAUGCAAUGCUGUACGACAAGCUUUACAGGAUUUACUCUCCGAAUACAUGUCCAAUAUAAGUCAAAAAGACAACAGCCCCGGACUGGUUCGUGCGAUUGACCAAAUGUGUCGCAAAACUCGGGAUUUACGGAGGCAGCUGAGGAAAGCUGUUGUUGAUCAUGUUUCCGACUCAUUCUUGGAAACGACUACACCCCUUCUGGAUUUGAUUGAAGCUGCUAAAAGCGGCAAUGAGAAGAAAGUGCGCGAAAAAGCCGACAUUUUCACCAAACAUGCUGAGAAGCUUGUAGAGGUAGCCAAUCUGGUGUGUAGCAUGUCUAGUAACGAAGAUGGUGUUAAAAUGGUUCGGUAUGCUGCUGCCCAGAUAGAAAGUUUAUGCCCACAAGUAAUAAAUGCAGCAUCCAUCUUGACUGUGCGCCCAAACUCAAAAGUUGCUCAAGAAAACAUGACCGCCUAUCGCCAAGCAUGGGAGGUCCAAGUUCGUAUUUUAACUGAAGCCGUCGACGACAUUACUACCAUUGACGACUUUUUGGCAGUAUCUGAGAAUCAUAUUCUUGAAGAUGUAAAUAAAUGUGUAAUGGCCUUACAAGUGGGCGAUGCUCGAGACUUGCGCGCAACUGCUGGAUCCAUUCAAGGGCGUUCCGCUCGAGUUUGUAAUGUUGUUGAAGCUGAAAUGGAUAACUACGAACCAUGUAUUUAUACCAAACGGGUUCUGGAAGCGGUUAAAGUUCUUCGAGAGCAAGUAAUGAUUAAAUUUGAACAACGAGUGGAAGCUGCUGUUGGAGCUCUUUGUACUAAUACUAACAAAGAUGUCGACGAAAAUGAGUUCAUUGAUGCCUCCCGACUGGUUUACGAUGGAGUUCGCGAGAUUCGCCGCGCCGUUUUAAUGAAUCGAAGUUCAGAAGACCUAGACACAGAUACAGAAUUUGAGCCUGUAGAAGACUUAACCUUGGAAACACGAAGCCGAUCAAGUGCACAUACUGGGGAUCAGACUGUCGACGAAUACCCAGAUAUUAGUGGUAUUUGUACUGCUAGAGAAGCAAUGCGGAAAAUGACCGAGGAAGACAAACAGAAAAUUGCCCAACAAGUGGAACUAUUUCGUAGAGAGAAAAUGACUUUCGAUUCCGAGGUCGCAAAAUGGGAUGAUACUGGCAACGACAUCAUUUUUCUAGCCAAGCACAUGUGUAUGAUUAUGAUGGAAAUGACCGACUUUACAAGAGGUCGUGGGCCCUUGAAAACUACCAUGGACGUCAUCAAUGCCGCUAAGAAAAUUUCUGAAGCAGGUACGAAACUAGACAAGCUAACCCGAGAGAUAGCGGAACAGUGUCCAGAAAGUAGCACCAAGAAGGACCUAUUAGCUUAUCUGCAACGAAUUGCUCUUUAUUGUCAUCAAAUCCAAAUUACUUCGAAAGUCAAAGCAGACGUACAAAACAUAAGCGGGGAGCUAAUUGUUUCUGGGUUGGAUAGCGCAACAUCGCUUAUUCAAGCUGCUAAAAAUCUUAUGAACGCAGUAGUUCUUACUGUUAAGUAUUCCUAUGUAGCUUCGACUAAAUAUACUAGGCAAGGAACUGUAUCAUCUCCAAUUGUUGUAUGGAAAAUGAAAGCACCAGAAAAAAAGCCUUUGGUGAGACCAGAAAAACCCGAGGAGGUUCGAGCUAAAGUUCGAAAGGGCUCUCAGAAAAAAGUUCAAAACCCUAUACAUGCUUUAUCUGAGUUUCAGAGCCCCGCUGAUGCCGUAUAAGGAAAUUUAAUUUAAAUUUAGUUUUAUAAUAAUCAAGUAAAUUAUAUAAAAUAAAUUAAACAUUAAAAUAUUUUAGUAAAAGUCUAAGUUACAGUUUCUCAAUACUAAGGAUUACAAAAAAUCAUAAAUAAACAUUGGUACUAAAA